AUGACCGGCCUUCGCGUGCAGAUUGCCUCGUUCAACGCCAACCUCCAGGGCGCAGACGCAACCCGCCCAGACCUCACCCCCUGGCUAGUCCCCGCCGUACACCAGCCUGCCAUCGACAACCUCGCCUCGUCCAGCACGCCCGCCACCAAGCCCUCAUCACCCCUCCCCGCCCACCACUUCCGCUCCACCAACCCAAACACGCCCUCGUCGCAUCCAUCCCUCCCGCGCGAGGCACCCGACUUUUACGCAGUCGGCUUCCAGGAGCUCGUCCCUCUCCACUCGGGCUUCGCAGCCACCUCCGGCCUCGCCCUCUACAACACCGACCUCGACAUCCGCAAGACCCUACGCCCGCACCAGGCCGUCGUCUCGGGAAAUGGCAUGUACGCCGAGGCCCACCUCGGCGGCGGACCCGAGUCCUACGCCCUCCUCUGCCGCGUCGACCUCGUCGGCAUCGCCCUCUUUGUCUACGCCCGCGAACGCCCCCCCUUCGCAGCCGCUCCCAAAAAGGCCAGCGCGGCCUCCAGGGUAAAGGAGAUCCGAAAGGCCACCGUCGGCACCGGUCUCGGCGGGUUGAUGGGCAACAAGGGCGCCGUCGGCGUCCGCCUCGUCGUCGCCAGCCCAGAUGGCACCGGCCAAGACGAGGUCCUCACCUUUGUCACCGCCCACCUCGCAGCCCACGACCACAACGUCGAGCGCAGAAACACCGACUGGAGGCAGAUCGUGCAGCGUCUCGUCUUUGAGCCUUCUUCGGUCUCGAGGCUGCCCAUAGUCCAGGACGCCAACGUCAAGACCUCGCCCACCAACCUCGACGCCCUCCAGCAGCAGUACCACGCCGCCAACCCGGCCUCGUCCAAGGCCAAGAUCGACCGGACACCCCGGCCCCUCGACACCCGCUCCUACACCCUCUACGACUCCACCCACCUCUUCGUCUUUGGCGACCUCAACCACCGCAUCGCCCUCGGGCCCACGUCGGUCCCGGGCGCUUCGUCGGCCCAACCGCUCACAAAGCAACGCUUGGCGUCGCUGCUCGAUUCCAAGGAUUGGGCAUCGCUGCAGCCGCACGACCAGCUGACGCAGCAGCGCCUCGCCUCGUCUGCCAAAGCCUUCCAUGCCCUGACAGAGGUCAGCAUCGCAGAGAUGAACGUGCCACCCACGUACAAGUACAAGGUCGUGCGAGACGGCGAAGGCACCCCGUCCAAGAAGCAGAAGAAGGCCGGAAAGGCGGCAGCGGCGGCGGCGGCGGCGGCAUCGGCGCCAGGACAGGAGCUGAGCACGAAGCGGAUCCCCGGCUGGACGGAUCGCGUGCUCUGGGCGUCGGCGGCCGCGGCUGGACCCUCGAGCGAUGCGGCGGCGACCUACGACAAGCAGGGAGUCGAGGUCGAGCUCUUCCGAAGCGUCAUGGAGAUGACGCACUCGGACCACAAGCCCGUGACGACUCUGCUGCAGCUCCCUAGGCCGAAUGGCAAGGCGGGCAACGCGCCGCCCCUGCUCUCCUCGCACAACCCCUACCCGCCACUAUCGGCGCCGCACCGCUACAUCCUCUCCCUGAUCGGCUUCCUCCUCGACAGGGCGGUGGGCUACCUCUGGACGGCCAUCAUCCUGCUCGGCGGCGGCAACCUGAUCGGCGGAGCCGUCGAGGUCGUCGUCCUCGGCGCCAUCACGGCUUGGUGGCUCAGCCGCGGCGGAGGAGAGGGCGGCGGCGACCUGAGUUGGUGGAUCUACGGAUCAUCGCGGUCCUGA